AUGGGAUAUGGUGGUAUUUGGGGAAGUCUUAGAGCUAAAGAAACUCAAGUUCGAGAUUGGUUUAUUCAAACACAUAAAAAUGUAUUCAAAUUUGAUGAAAAUAAAUCCGUUGUGACAGCUUCCAAUGAAGCAAUAAAAUCAAUAACUAAUAUCAAAGUACAUUUAAAACACCAUCAUGAAAGCCAAAAGAGAGCAUGUGAGCAUGAAUUAGAUGUUUUAUGUAAUAAGAAUCGCAUAUUGGAUGGAAAAAUUAAAGUUGGAUUACCUUGGCUUUCUAUCUUUCUUGGAAUAUCACGCGAUACCGUUAAACAAAAAUAUAAAAAUCUUAAAGUAUCUUCUGAGUAUGUUAAUUUAAUAUGGAAAGAAGCAGAAAUCACUUUUUCUGAAUCAUGCGUUAAACCAACGGAUAAGUUACUUGAAGAUGUAAAUGAUGCAUUGAACAAGAACACAACUAAAGAAAAAAUGCAAGCACUUCUCAAUAUAACUGAAAAAUAUGGUAGUUUUUAUGCAUGCCGUCUUAUUCUCGGUAAAGCAAGUUUCAAUGAAAAAAAACAUAUUAGUAGCUCAAAUGGAAAUUUUGAUGCUAAACAUACUGAAUUGCAAUUUGGAUUAGAGUUAAAUUCAAAGGUAAACGCAGAUUUAAAACUUGAUAACAAUACAAAAAAUAAAUCAAGAAGUUUUGAUACCUACUCAUAUUCAAGAAAUAAAGAUAUUGGUGAUCGAGAAGAUUAUACUAAAUGGGAUAUAAUCGGAUAUGAUGAUAUCCAUUUAAUAUUUGAUUUAUUGAAUGAUGAUUUACGAAAAAGAGUUUUAGAUGUUUUAGGUCAUCGAAUCUUAUCAGCUGGCACUGUUUCAUUACCGGUUGAUUUUAAUAAUACAAAACCUCUAGUUUGUUCAUUAGAAACUGCGCGAACAAAGAUUGAAAACAUCAAUGAAUGUCAUAUUUUUGUGUCAAUUACGAACGAAAACGACGGAAACGUUAAUAAAGUAUUUUCUUCGCACGUUGAAUAUGCAGAUGAGUAUACCCCUGAAAUCGUUGUUUAUCGGAUUAGACGUAAAAAGAAUAGAUUUAUUCGUGCAAUUCAGCAUAAAAAAGAUAUCAAAAAAAGUUAUUCAUUAAAACUUAAUUGGAUUAUUGUUGGACAGCCAAAAUAUUUUGAUUUUGAUAUGCUAGAUUAUCCAGUAAUAUUGAGAAGCUAUAAUUAUAAUGGUUUUAAAAUGGAAAAUAAUUUUAUACAAAUUCCUAUUGAUAAAGUUCAAGAUUUUAAAAAGGAUAUUUUGAAACUUCGAGAAACCUGCAUAUUGAGUACAUGUGUGUUAAAAACAAGUGCAUUGAAUAACGAUUUAUAUGAUCGGAAAAAAGCAUCUAUCACAUUUGGUACUCAUUAUUCAAGUUCCAAUCAGGCUGUUUGCAUGUUUGCUUACGAUCUUAACGAAAAUAAGAACCUCAUUGAUGAAAGAAUUUUACGAGAAUUGUCAUUGCAUAUUUGUGCCGUUGAAGUAGAUCCUUCCUACAGAACGUUCAAGUUCGGUCAGGCACAGAUUAAAUCGCGUAUAGGGGACAAAUCUAGAGACAUAUAUUAUGGUUUUGAAGAACCAAAGCUUAAAAAUAUUUUUGCUGGAAAUGAAAAUUUAAUAUUGGUGAACCAAAUUCUGGAGUGUCCCGAAAAUUGUAAGGAUCAUGGUACCGUCAAUGUCAAUAUUGAUAAAAUUAUUUAUAAACAAUUCGGCUCGCAACGCAUAGAAGAAAGAGCAAUCGCUUAUCUUAUA